UCCGGAUGGUGGGGGCCCGGGCUCGGAGGUGAAACAAAAGCAGCGGAAGGAUCUCCCCCCAUCCCUCCGCGGCCCACGCUCAGGCUUCGGCCUAAAGCCAUCCCUCAAGCCCGGCUGUCGGUGUGGCUGCAGCAUCGGGCUCCCAGAGUCAAGCGAGGCGGGGAGCGUGCUGCUUUCUAAAAAAAAAUCUGGAGAGCUUUUCCUUUUAUUAUUUAUUUCUCUUGGGGAGAGGGGGGUGGAGUUUUCUUUUAUCCUGUUGUUGUCCCCUGUUUGUCGCUGAGUGAGCGAGCGAGCAGGCGGGCGGGCUGCCAUGGAAAGAGCUGCCGAGCAGGCCUGGAACAGCUACACCUACCAGGUGAGCCAACACAGUGCCGACAUGUUGAAGAAACUCAACGGCCAGAGGAAGAACGGCGGCCGCUUCUGCGAUGUGGUGCUGCGGGUGGGCGACGAGAGCUUCCCGGCUCACAAGGCCGUGCUGGCCGCCUGCAGCGACUACUUUGAGUCAGUGUUCGGGUCGGCGGCGGCGGGGGACGAGGCGGCGGGCCGCGAGCUGGAGAUGCACACUAUCAGCGCCAAGGUCUUCAGGGACAUCCUGGACUUCGCCUACACCUCCCGCAUCGUGGUCAGGCUGGAGAGCUUCCCCGAGCUCAUGACAGCUGCCAAGUUCUUGCUGAUGAGGUCCAUCAUCGAGAUCUGCCAGGAGGUCAUCAAACAGUCCAACGUCCAGAUCAUGGUGCCCCCAGCCCGAGGUGAUAUGAUGCUCUUUCGCCCCGCAGCUAAUGUGGACUUCGGCUUUACCCUCGAUCUUGCCGCUGCUACUUGUGCCAAUGGGACCUUUGUGGGUGAGAAUGGACACCUACUGGGGGCUGGUGAGGUCAAAGUGGGCAGCCCCGGUGCCCCUGCAGCUAGCCUGCCCUCCUUGCCUGGCUCACUGCCUGCUGUGGAUGGUAUGGUGACCUCGCCUGCUGCACCUACACUUGUGGCUGGUCAGUUCCAGGCCCCAGUGAACUCGGUGGGCACCGAUCAUGCCAAGGUUAAGAGGGGACGUGGGCGGCCUCGGAAAUCCUCCUUGCUGGAUCUGCCAUUGCUGACGGCCCCUUUGGCCAUGAGAGAUGAGGGUUUUUACCCCUGCAGCUUUUGUGGGAAAGUCUUCAAGAAUGCAAAUCGCCUGUUGCUCCACGAGGCUCAACAUACUGGGCUGAGUGUGGAGCUGGCGUCGGGGGAAAAUCAACUUCCAGGACUCAGUGAUGGUCUGCUGGCAUCGUCGAGUGGCCUCGAUCUUCCUCGUAAAAGAGGGAGAAUGCGGAAAAAUGUGGCCUGUGAGCUUUGUGGCAAAGCUUUCAGGGACGUUUACCACUUGAAUCGGCACAAACUGUCGCAUUCGGGGGAGAAGCCAUUUGAAUGUCCUAUCUGCCACCAGCGAUUCAAGCGAAAGGACCGGAUGACUUAUCACAUUCGAUCUCAUGAUGGAGCGGUGGGCAAACCUUACAUUUGCAUCAGCUGUGGAAAGGGCUUUUCCAGACCGGAUCACUUGAAUGGCCACAUUAAGCAGGUUCACACUGCAGAGAGACCCUUUAAAUGUCAGACCUGCGAAGCUUCCUUUGCGACCAAAGACCGCCUGCGUUCGCAUUUGACAUGCCAUGAGGAAAAAGUCCCCUGUCAAGUGUGUGGGAAAUAUCUACGUGCAGCUUAUAUGACUGAUCAUGUCAAAAAGCAUAAUGAAGGACCAAAUAACAUCUGCAACAUCUGUAACAAAGGUUUUUCUACUGCUUCCUACUUAAGGGUCCAUAUUAAAACCCACCAUGGUGUCCCUCUGCCCAACUCGCACACCUCUGACCCUUGUGAAAGGCGAUGCAAGCCCCAGCCUCAGAUCAUGAUUCACAAGCAAACACAGAGCGGGGAGAUGGCUUUUCACUUUGACAGAACACGCUCGUUACAAGAUGGUGAGAUGGAUGGAUUGAAAUGUCAGCAUCAGGACUCACAGGACAACUCUGACUCAUUUGGAGAUCUCUCUGACAUCAGUGACCUUAAGUCUCCUUUGAAACAUGACCAGGAUGAGUCUUUUCAAUGUGACCUCAACAAUGGAAAAGUUAAAAUAGAAGCCAGUGCCGAGCAGUAUGCUGAACCGAAGAAAUACAACUGCCCGGACUGCGGCUCAGUAUUUAAAUCCAAGUCCUAUCUGAACAAGCAUAUGCUGAAGGUCCAUGUCAAGCCCACUGCUGGUGCGCUGGCUGACUUGCCCACUGGCCUAAGCUCACCAUUUUCACCUCAGCAAAACAUGUCUCUCUUGGAGUCUUUUGGGUUUCAGAUUGUACAGAAUGCAUUUGGCUCUUCUUUAGCUGAUCCUGAUCCUGGCCCAGAACCUGAACCAAGCACUGAGGACUCUGCUGAGCAGAAGUGAGGUCUCAUCCAGGAAUAGCUUCUCAAAGUACAAAAGAUGGUCGGCUUCCAAGGAAUGGCAGUACUUAGAUUGUCCAAAUUUCUUUUUAAAAAUGACAUAGAAAACAGAACAAUGGGUGCUGGAUCUGUAACCAGCCUGGCCAUCAGACUUGGUGUUCUCCAGGACAUUUUCUUGGGUUGAAGACAGUUCGUUACCCUUUCAUAUAGAAGGUGUCAAUUGCCCACAAGUUGGAUGUAGCAGGUGUAUUUGUAGCACUCUCAGUGUGCGAAUUGGGGGUUAUCUCCAGCAGCUAAUUAUUUCCAAAGAACUGCUUUCAUAGAUGGUUGCAGUGUGUCCUUUUGGCAGACAUAACUCAUGCCAGCUAACAUGUCUGCCCAAUUAAAAUAAUAAUUGGUAGGGCAGGCUCGAGAGACCAAAUGGCUCACUCCUGCUCCUGUUUCUUAUGUUCUUAAGUUUUAAAAUUCUAAAAGUAUACACUAAAAACUCAUUUAACUUCGAAAACUAUAGUAUGGAAUGGCUUAGAUACAGGUGUUAAGAUCAGUUUAGUCCAAAUAUUAAGAUAUAACUCCAAAACCCAAAAAGGAACAGUUCUCACACAACGCAAUGAUUGUUGUUGGGUGCCUUCUUUAAUUAUUAACACAAGUCAUAGAACUGUUGAGUGCUUUUGUGAAUAGCAAGUGGCUAUUUGAGUCACCCAUGUGCUAGUCUGGAUGAUGAGGGAUAGUACAUUAACAUCUUAAAGGGUACUACCAAGCUGACCGCAAUGCAUGUGGCAUUGAUGUGUUUGCAUCAAAUACUGCUGUUUGGUACUUGUAACUAAAUUGUAAAAAACAGAAACAGAUGUAAUGGUUUCAGGACAGGAAAUAUUUGUAAACAUUUGGAGACAAAUGCACGCAGACAAUGAUGAGAGAAAAUUCCAGUUAACCUUUAGAGCAGAGUGCGCUGUCAAUUUCCAAAGUGAAUUCUACCUGCAGUGAUGAGCUGCUGAUGGAGAGAAAACUUACAUCCCUUUAUCAACAUUUUCCCUUAUUCAAGGCCCUGAUUUUUGAAUCCUUUGUUUUAAGGCUUGUGUGCUUUUUUUUCCCCACUAAUGCACAAGAUGGUUUAUGGAUAUGCAAAAAUCCUUCCAUCUAAUCUCAUUUUUUUAAUGGAAACUGUGUUGUAAGUUGCUAAAGGUGUAUCACUUUGCUGGGCAUUUUAACCAUUAGUGUUGUCUCCUUUGGCACCAAAUGCAGGCAGGCUUUCAGCUCUUCAGAGCAAUGAAUAACUGCACACAACAUUGGGAUGAAAGCAUUCUCUUGCCAAAUUUAUAUUGAGGAGAUUAACAUUUUGUUUUAAAAUAGAAAAAGGAACCUGUGAUAGGAGCUAGAGAUUAACAAAGUUUUGUGCACAGAUUAUGUGAAACUUGAAGUUUGUUUUUGAAGGCUGCAAGGUAGAAUGAAAACAGAUGGAACAGUAAAAAGGCUUUCCUUGUACAGGUCAAGUCUUUGGAGUCCAAAGGGACAACUGCACCAGCUCUUCAGUUAGUUAAUGGACUGUCACAUGGGGCCCUUGAUUUUUAUUCAUGUUUAUUUAUCAACUAGGAAUGGAGUUGAAGUUAAGCAAUUUGAUUUUAUUAAUAUGGUAAUGUCUUUGGUACUAAUGCCUUUGGUAACAUUAGAGAACAAAUAGUCUUCAUACAAUUGGUGAUGUUGUUCCAAAAUCCAUAUAAUGUGAUUUCCACCUGAAGUACGCAUUUAAAAAAAAAUGAAGGUGAUUAAGCUUUGAAACUGCAGUUUGAUCAGCAUAGCAGAAGUUAUAAGAAAAGAAUGGUCAGUACUUAACAGAAUUAACUAAAGUGAGAUUAACCAUU